AUGCAUCCUGCACCCAGUCUGUCGGAAGCAUUUCCUAAAGACAGCAAGACUGAGGAUAGAGGUCAGCACGUAUCUCAUCAGCAUGACCAACAGCAGCAGCAACAGCAGCCGCAAUCCCAACCACAACAGACUGGUGGGCAUCAUCAGUCGUCCCAGCAGCUUCAACCCCACCAAGCUGCACAUACCGAGCACGUGCAACAUGGGAGCCACCCAGCAUCACCAACGCAAUCGGCGGCGCCCUCAAGGAAGGAUACAAGUUCUUCGACGUCGACAAACACAACCGAUGCAACCGCUGUUUCUAAUGCCUCGGCUGAUACCAACGCCACUGCCUACAGCGUAGAGUCGUCACAAUCCAUCUUCUCGGUUAAGGAUGGGUCCGAGAUCUCUCAUAGCCGUCGUGCUAGCCGUCGACGGACCGGGCCACUAUCGGCUCAGCAAAGGGAGAAGGCUGCGCUAAUACGAAAAUUGGGUGCUUGUACCGACUGCAGAAGACGGAGGGUUGCUUGCCACCCCAACCAUCAUAAUAUGACGUGGGAAGAUGCUAUGCGGAAAUAUCGCUCUUCAAGUCCUUUGCAGGAUCUUGCGCCGCUGGCUGGUCGACCGAUCAGCCCCGCGCCCAACCAUAUUAGACAUCACUUCACCCAUGACCCUCAAGAGAUGGAGGUUGACUCUACUCCCGCUAUUCCUAACAAUGUCCAAGGUACGCCAGGUCGUCGUACUUCACUCAAUGACUCGAGAAUCCGGACGCCUCUGCCGUCGGGCCCACGGUUGGAAAAGCCUAUCUCUGCGUCCCCCUUAUCUGCUACAACAAAUCAUUACACGGCAUUGCCAAGUGUUGAUACAGUGAAGGCAGAUUUGGAGACUGUGGCUUCGAGGAUUCUCGCCUCACCUCAUCGUAGCCGUUAUAGUAGCGUUUGUGCGCUUUUUAUCUACUGGCAGGAUGAUGACGAGCCCGGGGUAGCAUCAGCGGUGGAGGAGUUGGCCAUGGUAUUCGACAAGUACUACCGGUAUGCGUUUGAGAUCCUCAAGAUUCCUUCGUCUGCGUCGGAUGGCUGCAGCAACUCGUGGAGGUGGCUCUCCCGAAUCAUGAACGAGUUUACGGACAAGAGCGAUACGAGAGACGUUCUAAAGCUGGUGUAUUAUAACGGGUACAGUUAUUUGGACGAACAUAGGGAGAUGGUUUUGGCGAGCUCCCGAAAUCGUUUAAAGGCUUCGACCAUACGAUGGAGUGGUAUCCAACAGAUUCUAGAAGAAGCUCGUUCGGACACGCUCAUCGUAAUGGACUCGGCAUACUACCCAUCUUCGAAGAUGGUUCGGCAAAGGGGGGUGUUAGAAGUGGUUGCAGCGUCUUCCUCGGAGGAAUACUUCGAUGUGUUGGACCGCAAUAGCUUUACUAGGAUCCUAGCCGAUCAGCUCCGAACACGGGCCACCCAGCGCCUUUCGAACCCCUUGUCAGCCGCCGAGUUGCACUCGAAGCUCCUAUCCAUCUAUCCCAAGAUCAUCCAAGACAAGCACCCUGAAAAGGGUGCUAUGAUCAGUUUCCCCUCGCCUUUACACAUACAGAUUUCCAAUAACUCCAGAUUACCCUCGAUAACGCUAUCCCCACCCCAACCACCACGGACCCCUUAUAGUCCUGAGAGCCAGCACGGCCCCCAGUUAACACUGUCGAUGCGUUUAGCUGAAGAAGCUAUUAACCUCGAAAGCUGGGCCGAAUGGCUUCGGAUGAUGCCAGAUGGGAUCAAAGAGGUCAAGGUCGAGGGUCCAUACACUACCUACGUUUAGGUGACGAAUUUUGUCUCCAGUACAAUACGUUUUUACUUUCCUUUGUUUAAUGCGCCAAAUAUGCCACGAGACUACGAUAAGCGAUAUGCUUAGAAGAUACAGGAAAGAGCAAUAGCCUUGCUCGCAACGUUGAAGACGACGAAGAGUUGUCUAUAAGCAUAUUUGAUUCACUGGAAAUCUCCCUUCUUAUUCCAACAUUUUCUUUCACGCUUACGGCAAAUCAUAUGGGGGGGGUUAGAGGCGUAACCAUUGAUUUAUUUUGCAUACAAUAUUCAUACCCAUUUUCUUGGCAUCAAUAUCAUUGUUUUGGGAUGGCAUAGUGGUAGGGGGUGUAAGAGGCCGUAGUCACGGAUACGGCUUUAGCGUUGGAUAGAUUUUUACUUUGUAUUGUGCUGCGGACAAAUCAGACCGCAACCUUGGACAUUUACCAUGAAUAUUAUACCUCGAAGGUGCAAUAAGGCCAAAUGAAUCCUCGACUAAAGUACCUAUGCCUACGUGAUUUGGUAUUUAGAGUGGGACACUAUUUAGUAUGCAAUGUGGUCGAAUGAGUGAAUAGGGGGAUUGUCUCAACGGGAUACUGUCUAAUAUGGUUGGUCGCUUAGACAAGACGCUUCUCAAUAGCGAUAUAGUUAAAUCUUGGAUAAGUAAUGAGUGACAAUUGAAGUGA